AUGUAAUAAUUUCACUCUCUCUGUCCAAUAUGCGACUAAUCAAAGUAUAUACAGACUAUCAACAAUAUUGAUUUUGCAGAUUCUAAUCUAUCUUUUAGUUUUUUAGAAUAUGUACUCAAUCCUAUCAUAUAUGUUUCGAAAUUCACAAAUGAGGAUGAAAAAUUUAUGAUGAAACACUAAGGGAUUUCAAAUCUUCAGUUCCACCACUACGACUUUUACAAUUAAGCGUUUCCUGUUGAAAUGGAUGCUCUCUAUGGAUUUGAUUUUUUUAUUUAAGGUUGCUAAUAUUUGAUGUAAAACUAAUAACAAAUGGCAAAUGAACAUUUUUAAAUGUUUGAUAAGAUCAAUUAGUUUACUCACACCAUAUUUAAAAGGCAAAUACCUGAAUAUUACCGAUUUCAUAACAAAUAUUUUAAUGAUGUGUGCGAGGAGGUUCUUAACAUAAUUAAGUCUUGCUAUCCAAAAUUGGAAACAAUUGACAAUCCCAAUGUUAAGUCGUUUAUGCUUAGAAAUUGCUAAUCCAUACUCUAGGGGAUUGAAAAUCUUUAAUUUCCUGCAUAAACAAUUUAUGAGAAUUCAUUCCAAUUAUUACUAGAAAGAAAAAAGAAACUGCAUAGAUGCUAGGUUUAAUUAGCCUACUUAAGUAGGACGAUAACUGAAGAUGCUAUACUUACUAGAACAUAUCAGACAUAUUUACAGGAUACUACUCACAUAAACCAAAUAGGAGCCAUUUUGUUUACGGGAUUAAUCAAUACUGAGAAACUGUGGGAAAUAUACUUUGUUAGAUUAAAUGGAGAACAACGUCUUUCUCAUAUUAGUAGCCUUAUUUUUUUUCUUAAUAAAUAAUAUGACGAUUCCUACAUCAUUUGUUUGCUUAAGUUAGGGAAACAAUUAAAGAGGUUCAAGGAAUAUUGGUUGUCCCUAGUCAUAUAUAGUUUCUUUCGAAAAGUCUCAAUCGUAUUUUAAAAGCAAUUCAAUUUUAAUUGCUAUCUUCCUUAUUUAUACUAUUAAAUCGCCAAGAUAUGUCUUUAUUUGGGGUAAUUUAAUGAAGCCUAUCAAUUGUAUUUAAAAGCAUACGAAAAGUCUAAACAAUUGAAUUAUAAGAAUCUGUACAUAGAAAUUAAGGAUUCAAGACAAUUCUGUUACAAAAUAAAGUACAAAAUAAUGAUUUUAUCAUUGUACUUAUAAAAGUCAGUUAAGGCAAUUGAAAUGGUUAAGGAGCUGUUAUCUGAUGGUAACAGUAUGCCAUAUCAUAUUAAUAUUUUUACUAAUUAUUGCAAUCAGUAUUUGUAAGAUGCUAAAUAAUUCAAUGAGACUUUGAAAUAUAGAAAAUGUGAAUUGUUUUUAAAACAUCUAUCUAAAGUAAUAAAAAGUAAUCUGAACAAUAUAUAAAUUCCAUAGGAUGACAUUAAACAAUUGGCAAAUGUUAUUGAAUUAAAAGAUAAAGACAUACCAAAAACUAAUCUAAAGUAGAAGAUAGAAUUCGAAUUCAAAUUGAAUUCCUAUUUCUCUCUUCUACAAUUCUACUUAAUUCUUGUAUGUCACAUGAGAAAUGAUUAAAUGACCACGAAACACUAUUAUGAGAAGUAGCAAAUCAUGGAUUAAUUUUUGUAAUAUAUCGAUUGCAGAUUGUAUACUACUUUACAGAAUGUAAUUGAAUAAUUCUAAUUCUCGUAAGAUUGCAUUGAGAACUUGCUAUUAAGUUAUGUUUAUCAGUAUUUUUCAAUGCAAGAAUUAUGUAUCAAUCGUUUAGUAUAAUUCGAAAAAUCAAAAUAAGAAAAUAAAAAAAAAUAUUCUGAUCAGGAAAGCCAACUCUUUAAAAAGAUAGUGGAUAAUUUUAGAUCCUUCAUACGAUGCAAUCGAGAAGAACCAUUUCAGGAAUAGUGCUUACCGAGUUCUGAUUAUGCGGAACUCUAAUACUCUAUUGGCAUUCGAUAUUUGAAAGAUGGUAGAUACAGAGAAGGAGUGGAGUAUUUGAAGAGAGCAUCAUGCAAUCCUGCUUUUAAGGAUUUGUGUACUGCUCAUCUAUUAAAAGUAGUCUAACAAUCAAGAGAAGAUUUAGAAAUAGGCAAUUCAAAUCUAAGAGAAAAUAUUGGUGAUAUUUUCAAAUAAAUCGAUUUUGAUAGACUGUAAUCUAGCUAGAGCAGAAGAACUUCAUAUUGUAUGGAAUAUCAGAGAUAGUCCUUUUAAGCAGAAUCUAGAAGGAGUAUGAAUUAUUUAGUAGAAUCUCAGGCUUUAUCUCAGAUUUCUAGAAGCAAUUCCUUGGUUCAAGAUUCUAUUUAUUAUACUUUAUGGCAAUUAAAGUAUUUCUUAAUGGAUUAAGAAAUCACUGACUUAAUAGACAGAAUAGAGGAAGAAUUUCCGAAUGUUUAAUAAUUGAAUUAACAGAGCUUUUAGAAUAAAUAUCCAAAUUACAAAGAGAUAACUCCUGAUGUGACUUUUUUUAGUAAUGAUAAUGAGAAAAUUGUAAUGAAAACAAAACAAAUUACGGAGAUGCAAUUUGAAAAAAUAAAGAGUAAACUCAAAGAUUUUUUAAUUGAAAUUUUAGCAUAGGUUCUUGUAAACAAAUGCAAUUAUCGAGGAUUCGCUCAGUUAAUUUCAUUGUAAUAUCAAAUAAAUAUAUGCUAAUCAUAUGCAAGUAGUUUAAAGUUUUAUUUGAUCUUUCCUUAUUAUGAACCUAUGGUUAAAAUGGAUAUCUAAUAAUUAAGAGAUUUGACUCUAUCGAUUUAGAUACUCAAUCAAAAUAAGAUUAUUCAUAGAGAUCUAAAGCCUAACAAUAUUUUAAUGAAGAAUGGGAAUCCUGUUAUAAUCGAUUUCGAUUGUUCCUAUUAUUGGGAACCUAACUUGUAACAAUGGCUAAGAGGAAAGGGACUGACGACUAAAUAUUACCCAGCUAAUGAUAUUGAAUAAGAUAAAAUAGAUAUCUAUUCUUUGGGAAUUAUAGCAAAGGAAUCAGUAGAGAAUUGUCCUGAGGCAUUCUAUACAGGAGCGACACAAGAAUACUCAAGUAGAUCCUCAUUACUCCAAUUAUAGGAAAUAUUAAAUUGA